AUGGCAGGCUCAUCUGCAUUGCCUCCUGUGAGGUCCAUCAGCUUGCCCUCCAGGUUGCAGCCCACUUCUGUCAAAAUUGAAGACGAGUUAGACAAGCUCAAAGCAUGGCAAGCAUCAUCAGUGUCUGCAACAGAGGCAAUAGGAGCCGACACUAUUCAAAAAGGUCUAGUUGGGCUCCCGGAGUUGUAUACUCGUGUUGUGGAACUCAUUAGUGCUCCACUCACUCAACAAGCUCUUAUUCGUCAUCAAGACGAAAAAGUAGUGGAAGAGGCACUAGAUUGUUCAGUGACAUUGCUGGACACAUGUGGCACUGCACGGGACAUGUUGUCGUUGAUGAAGGAGCAUUUGCAGCACCUUCAAUCAGCUUUACGAAGGAGGGCUGCAGAAUCAAGCAUUGAAUGUAGUAUUGGUGCUUACAUUACCUUCAAGAAGAAGGCUAAAAAAGACAUCUCCAAGUGCAUCAGAGCAUUGAAGCAAAUGGAAAGCAAAACAGGAUCAUUUCCUGUCUUAGUCUUGGAUGAUCACUUGUCAAUGGUGGUCAGAUUGCCAAGAGAAGUUAGCACUAUAGCCAUAUGCGUUUUUCGAUCUCUCUUGCUAUUCUUGUCUAUGCCAGUGAUGAAGAGCAAGCUUGGUGGGUGGUCAUUGAUAUCCAAACUGAUGCCUACCGGAUUGGCUGUUCACGAGAAACGACAGAAGAUGAUCAAUGAGGUGGGGAGUGUAGAUGUUGCUCUUUGUGCUCUAUAUGGGCAUGUGCAAAACAAUGGUGUGAAGGCAGAAUUUCAACUGGUGCAGAGGAAGAUGGAGAUACUUGCUGCUGGCAUGGAUAGUCUUGAGGCCGGACUAGAUUUCGUGUUUAGACGUCUAAUCCAGUACAGAGUCUCUCUGCUUACUGUUCUCACUAACUAA